UAUAUGCAUAUAUCCUCUAUGCUGUUUACAUUGGCGCUCACAGCCAAAGCAAAAUGCCCGAAACGAGCUAUUCUAGCCAAAACUCGACCUCCACUACUGACCCUACUGAUCAUCUUCCUCUCUCUAUCUUUAGAUCCGACAUCAUCCCACCCGCACCAACUUCAUCCCAAUCCACCAUAGACUGGCUACCAGACUUUGCCGGUUACGCAUGGAUCGGAUAUGGAGCCUCCUCUCUCUUAGUGAUUUCGCACUUGCCAUCCUCCCUCUCUUCCGACGAAUUUCUCAGUGGCCCCAUUCUCCGCCAAGUUUUCGAGCUUUCUGGCAAUCAUUCAUCCCACGUCACUGCCGUUUCAUGGUCCCCAGUAACGCCGUCGAUAGGAGAGCUCGCUGCUGCGUCAGGCAACUGCAUAUAUGUGUUCUCACAUGAUUCCGCUAGCUUCAAAGGUUCUUUUGUUUGGAGCCAGAAUGCAGUGCUUUUACAAUCGACAAAGGUGGAAGCAGUCAAAUGGACUGGCUCUGGGGACGGGAUAAUUGCUGGUGGAAUUGAUGUGAUUUUGUGGAGAAGGAAAGACAAGUCAUGGGAAAUAGCUUGGAAAUUUAAAAGAGAUGAGCCUCAAAAUCUGGUUUCUGCAACCUGGUCAAUUAAGGGACAUGUGGCAACUGCUGCUUAUCCGAGUAAAUUGGAUAUUAAAGGAUCUAGCAAUAUGAGUAAGUGCGUGUUUGUGUCUUAUUGUGAUAGCAUAUCUGAAUAUGCAAAAUUUGAGCUGCGCCAUCCACAGCCUGUCUCAAUGAUUCAAUGGAGGCCAUCAACAGGAAGACAAUCACAGGGAGAUGCAAAUUAUCCGCCAAGACACAUUCUACUAACUUGCUGCCUUGAUGGAACUGCUAGGCUAUGGACAGAGGUAGAUAAUGGAAAGGUUAGAAAGUUAGCCAAGGACAAUAGUGAUCGCAAAGCAACAAGGAGGUCUUUUUGUGUUGCUGCUGUAAUUGAGAUAAAUCAGGUGUUGAAAGGAAGUUUGGGCAUGGAUAUAUUUUUGAACUGGGCGGCAGAAAGUAGUGGUAUAUAUAGAACUGGAGAGGGAACUAAGCAGUUCUUAUCCCCUGAAACAUAUGGUCAUAAUAGAGUUGGCAAAUGCGAGUGGUUAAUUGGCUUUGGUCCAGGAACAACAAUUACUUUCUGGGCCAUUCACUGUCUUGAUGACAUCUCGCCCAUGAGGUUCCCUCGUGUUACACUAUGUAAGAGAAAAGAAUUGCAGGACCUUGAAGGGGGGCAUCUUCAUGGAUCUGCAUUUUCAAACUUUAAAGAUUCAUUACUUCUUAGUAAGGUUGUUAUCUCGAGGAAUUGCUCGUCUGGCCCUCCUGAUAUAUGCUCUUUGGUUCAUUUAUUACCUUCUAAUUCCUUUAUCUGGUCUCUGUUACAUACUGAAAGAUCUGGUAAUAUUGAGACCACAUCCUUGAACAAUUUAGAAAUAUGCAAGUACUUUUCACGUUCUGCUAAUGGAGUUUUAGAUGGACGACAUGCUGGAAAAAUCUUACAAGUUGCUGUACAUCCUUGUAUUUAUGAACUUGGAUUGGCUGCUUCUUUGGAUUCUAACGGAUUGCUUCUAUUUUGGUCUGUUUCAAAUGUUUCAAACCAUAAUUUUGGCCUUUCAACGUUGGUUCCAACAUGGAAGCUUUGUGGAAGCUUUCAAACUAAUUAUUCGUGUUCUAAGUAUACAAGCCUGAAGUGGGCACCUUCUACGUUAGAUGAAGACUAUAUACUUCUUAUGGGACAUGCCAGAGGAAUAGAUUGCUUUGUAGUUAAGGUUCCUCAAAUUGGAGGAGGAGGAGACAUAAUAUGCCACUUUAUCUCCACCAUACCUCUAAUUAGAGAUGGUACUUAUGAGGAUGGUCCCCCUAAUAUCUUUGUGAUACCUCUUCCUUCUACCUGUAACAAGACAUUCAAGUACAAUAAAUUUAUGCUUUUGGGGGUGUGGAUGGAGCACUUUCAGGCUCUUUCAUGGGAAGUAACUUUACACUCCUAUGAUUUACCGGAAGCUUCCUGUGACUGUAAUUUUGAUGAUCAAAAUAGUACUAUGCUCUGGAAAUGGAAAUUUGAAAGUUCUUUUGCUGAUAAAAGAUAUUGUCUUGGUGUCAACCCUUGCUCGUCUCAAUUGCCAGAUACUUACUCUGAUGAGCAGAUUACUAGUUUUUCUGUGGUAGGUCCAGGUAAUUCGAUUCCUAUGCAUGGAAGUCUAGGUGGCACUAACAUUUGCUGUAGUGUUCCAGCCUAUGUUAUGGCUACAGGCUGCUCUGAUGGUAGCCUGAAACUGUGGAGAAGUAACUCUUCUAAAAUGUCUACUCCUUAUAUACUGUGGGAACUUGUAGGCAAAUUAGUUGCUCAUCAAGGCACUGUUCGUGCUCUGUGUUUGACUGAUUGUGGUCGGAAGAUUGCUACCAUCUCUGCAGGGAGUGAUGGCACUAGCAAGCUUCACGUAUGGGACAGUGUACACCUUAUAGGAGCUGGAAGUUUUGUGUUAGAGGAUAUAUUAUGUAUUGACAGAGAAGUUGUUUCUUUAAAUUGGCUGGCUUUAGGCAAUGGUCAGUUACUUCUUGGGGUUUGCACGCAGAAUAUGUUGCAGGUAUAUGCUCAGAAGCAUUCUGGUGGUCAGACAUUCUCGAACAUUGGAGAAUCUUUGAACCUGCAAAAUUGGUUAUGCAUUGCAGUUUUUCAUACUUCCCCUGCUAUUCGGUACUUCCUUUGGGGCCCCCAGGCUGCAGCCAUCAUUGUUCAUGAUAAUUACUUUAGUCUACUUAGUCAAUGGUUGUUUCUUGUAGAUAAUAGAGAACGAAAAGAUAAAGACAUUCUUUCUUCAAUAUUCACUGAUUUUGCUGCUGACGUUAGUGAUCUUGGAGAACCAUCAGUUCCUGUGAAGACUAAUGGAAAAAAGGAUUGCCUAUCUAGCAAUGUUUUUGAGGCCAAGUCUCAAUUAAAACAUGGUUUGUGUAACGUGGUUGGUUUUUGGAGCCUGGUUGAAGUAGCAGAGAAGUUGAAGGGAAUGAUACCUGUUUACCAUCCUGAGGCGCUACUUAUGAAUAUGUACUCAGGCAAUUGGAAACGUGCUUAUGCAUCUGUGAGGCAUCUUGUUCAAUGUCUUCAUUCUGGUUAUUAUUCUGAGAAAAGGUGCUGCUCUGGAAAGAAUAGUCAUGUUGCUCCACAGAUUCUUUUGUCAAAUUAUUUUGAAGGAGUUCUCUUUAAAGAUUCAAUGGAUAAGAGAUUUCAGUGGGGUGCUGAUGCAAGAUUACCAGCCUCAUCUUCGCAGUUUUCUCUGUAUGACGCCAAGUCUGAUGCUUCCAGUGAUGUAUUUAUUUCAUCUACAACGAUAUCUGAACUUCGUGGUUUUCUAGAGCCUCUUGAGAAAAUGUAUGAUUUGGCAGCUGUAUCCAAUGCUGAGAAGUUGCAAAUUCUUGCAAUUGUAGACCUUCUUGCUGAAAUUCAGCAAUCUGCUUCUGCCUAUGGAAAUCUCGAUGAACCUGGGCGAAGGUUUUGGGUUGCAUUAAGGUUUCAGCAGCUACAUUUUUCUAGAAGCUUUGGCAAAUUAUCAUCUGUAGAAGAAUUGAUUGUUGACACUAGUCUAAUGUGCUGGGCCUUCCACUCUGACUGCCAGGAAAUUUUGUUGAGUUCUUUUCUUCCAAAUGAACCAUCAUGGAAAGAAAUGCAGACUCUUGGUGUUGGAUUCUGGUUUACCAAUGUUGCGCAACUACGCACAAGGGUGGAGAAAUUAGCAAGAAUGCAGUAUCUGAAAAACAGAGAUCCCAAAGAUUGUGCCCUUUUAUACAUUGCAUUGAAUAGACUUCAAGUCUUGGCUGGUCUUUUCAAAAUCAGCAAAGAUGACAAAGACAAACCCUUGGUGGGGUUCCUUUCUCGCAAUUUUCAGGAGGAGAAAAAUAAAGCAGCUGCUUUAAAAAAUGCUUAUGUCUUGAUGGGAAGACAUCAGCUGGAGCUUGCUAUUGCUUUCUUUCUACUUGGAGGAGAUAAUUAUUCUGCAAUCACAGUUUGUGCAAAGAAUCUUGGAGACGAACAACUUGCACUAGUAAUUUGUCGGCUCAUUGAGGGUCGUGGUGGACCAUUGGAACAUCACUUAAUUACAAAGUUUAUACUUCCAUCUGCAGCUGAGAGAGGAGAUUACUGGCUUGCAAGCCUGCUUGAGUGGGAAUUGGGCAAUUACUAUCAAUCUUUUCUCUGCAUGCUUGGUUUCCAGAGAAGUUCUUUAACUGAAAGAUCUGCUCUUUCAUCUAAUCAUGCUGCUUUUAUGAACCCCCAUAUUGGUCUAUAUUGCCUCAAAUUAGCAAGCAACAAUUGCAUGCGAAAUGCCACAGGGGACCAAAAUGCUGCAAUUCUUAGUAGGUGGGCAACAUUUAUGGCAGCCACUGCCUUCAACAGAAGUGGGCUUCCUUUUGAAGCUUUAGAGUGCCUUUCAUCUUCCUUGGUCACUUUUGAGAGUGAGGAUCAAGAAAGGAUAUCGGAUGUUAACCAUUCUCAAAUUCUACAUGGAAUCUUGAAGCCAUCUGCCAAUGAUUCCCAUAAUUGGCUAUCGAACAAUGUGGCUUUGCAGCUGGAGUCCAGUGCUAAAUUAGAGUUGGCUCUUCAGUAUUUCUCUAAAUUGAUGGGGGAGCAUCCUAGUUGGCCUGAUGCUACCUUAGGAUCUGUUCAACCCAGUACUCGAUUCAAGGAGGGUGAAAUUUAUCAAUACGACAAAUUACUAGAAAAUUUUCAAGACAAGUUAUAUACAGGACUGUCAAAGUUUGAGCAGAAGUUUUCAGUGGCUUCUUCUUGCUUGAUUAAAAUGAUUUUGGUAUGGUUGUGCAAUAAUGGGCUGUUGUUUAUUGGAUAUGAUCUAUUACUUAACUAUAUUUCUCGAGAUCGCUUGCAAGAUGACAGUCAUCUUUUUGGCGAUUUAGUACUGUAUCCUCUUCUCUGUAAGGCGCUCCUAAAAGCUAUUAAAGAUUUUUCCCUUUUUCUUUCACGGUUUAUUGUCGCCUCUAGCAUAACAUGCCUCCAACCAAAGUCAUGUUAUAUUGAGAACGAUACAUCUGUUGAAGUUAAAUCCACAUGGUCAGAUACUCAGGGGCAUUAUUUUCAAGGUAUCAUGCCAACAUUGUGGAGUUUAAGAACUGCUAUAAGGAUCAGUUCUGGCUUCUUAUCUGAGGAUAUGACUACAAGAUUCUUUGUUAUUAUUGAUUUAUAUGAAUUUUCUGUACAUUUUGCAUCUGCUUGGCUUCGGCGAAACUCUAAAGGUCUGUUGUUGAUGGUGCAACCACUCUUGAUUGCAUUUACCGAUGGGCAUAACCCUUGUGAAGUUGAUAUGGCAAAUCUCAAGAACAUUCUUAACCACAUUGCAGAGUUGUUGGCUAGCAAUAUUUCAGUGGAUGAUGCACGAUUAGGGCUGAAUGUUACUGAAUUCAUGCCAUUCAAGUUAGAUGGAGAAACAGUGAAUUUAUUUUCAGAAGUUGAAAAAUGGCAUAUCAUAGGGGCUUGUUUGUGGCAGCAUAUGGCCAGACUAAUGAAACAUAAGCUGGAUUUGUUAUCCAUUAAUGUUGAUCAUAGUUCCUUCUCUGGAGUUUCCCAUUGCCCAGCAUCUAGUUCAAUGAAUUUUGCAUAUGAUAACAACAUGACAGAACAAAUUGCAUCGCUCUCAUUGAUAUUGGCCAAGUUACUGAAGAAUACAAUUUUACAUGUUUCAUCUUAUCAUGUAAAAGUAUUUGGAUCAUUGCUGCAGUUGAAAGUAGAGAAUGGAUUGCACAUACCGACUCUUGCAUGGCUACAAGAAUCAAAUCUGUAUCAAGCCAAAGUCAACAAUCAGGAUGCAAGUGCUGAUAUAAUAAACAGCAAAGAUGAAUUAUCAACUUUCAAUAUAUUGUGGGACACCUGUGCUGACCCUAACAUAAUAUCCAAAGGUUUUGCAGAAGAAAAAAUAAACUGGUCACAAUUUGUCCAUCAUAGAUCCUCUCAUGGCUGGAACGAGUUAUAUGAGAGCAUCAGAGAAGAGCAUAAAACCAAGGAAGUUUUGGAUCAUGAAGUUAGAUUAAGCGAUAAUCAUUCCAGUGGUGAAGUUAGAUCAAGCACCAAGGGUCUACUUAAGAAUGGGCGCUCAUUUCUAACUUCUUGGCAGAAGGAUGCAACUAUUACCAAGGAGGUGCCACAUUUCCAGAAUGCUAAAGAAAUAUACAAGAGAGAUGGAGAGCUGUUGGAGGCACUCUGUGUUAACUCCAUUAAUGAAGGGCAAGCUGCAAUUGCUAGCAAUAGAAAGGGCAUAAUUUUCUUUAGCUGGGAUGGUGGGAUACCUUUUGACGAUCAAUCAGAAUAUACCUGGUCCAAUGCUGAUUGGCCAACAAAUGGGUGGGCAGGUAUUGAAUCAAGACCAGUUCCAACAUGUGUUUCUCCUGGUGCUGGUCUUGUAAGAAAGAAAGGGGCACACCUUGGAUUGAGCAGGGAAACCCUUGGCAUGGGUUCUUUAGCAAGACCAAGGAAAGACUUAAGAGGUGGUGGAGCAUUUGGUAUUCCAGGUUAUGAGGGUACGGGUGCCUCUGGCUUGGGUUGGAAAGUUCAAGAGGAUUUUGAGGAGUUUGUUGACCCACCAGCGACAGUGGAAAAUAUAAGUACAAGGGCUUUCUCUAGUCACCCCUCAAGACCCUUCUUCUUGGUUGGUUCCAGCAACACACACAUAUACUUAUGGGAGUUUGGUAAGGACAAAGCCACUGCAACUUAUGGUGUGCUCCCUGCUGCAAAUGUUCCUCCACCGUAUGCUCUUGCAUCAAUAUCUGCUUUGCAGUUUGACCACUGUGGACACAGGUUUGCUACAGCUGCAUUGGAUGGUACUGUAUCCACAUGGCAGCUGGAGGUUGGAGGAAGGAGCAACAUCCGCCCAACAGAAUCAUCUCUCUGCUUUAGUGGUCAUGCAUUGGAUGUCACAUAUGUUACUUCAAGUGGAUCAGUUGUUGCUGCAGCUGGACAUAGCUCCAAUGGCGUUAAUGUAGUUGUCUGGGACACAUUGGCUCCACCCACGACCUCGCGAGCUUCAAUUACUUGUCAUGAAGGUGGUGCCCGCUCCAUUUCUGUGUUUGAUAAUGACAUUGGAAGUGGUUCCAUAUCUCCCCUUAUUGUAACUGGUGGUAAAGGUGGUGAUGUUGGACUUCAUGACUUCCGGUACAUAGCAACAGGAAAGACUAAAAGGAAUAAGCAUUUUGAUAAUGGUGAUGGAAGUAACAAUAUGCCUUCUAAUGCUGAAAUGCAAGCAGGAGUUGGUAACAAAGUUGGUGAUCAGAAUCAGAAUGGGAUGCUUUGGUAUAUACCCAAGGCUCACUUAGGAAGCGUCACCAAGAUAUGCACCAUACCUAAUACCAGCUUAUUCUUAACUGGAAGCAAGGAUGGAGAUGUUAAACUCUGGGAUGCCAAAGUAGCCAAGCUGGUUUACCAAUGGCCCAAAUUGCACGAAAGGCGCACCUUUUUGCAACCAAGCACGCGAGGUUUUGGCGGAGUUGUCAGGGCUGCAGUAACAGAUAUUCAAGUUGUUUCUCAUGGUUUUCUUUCUUGUGGUGGGGAUGGCUCUGUAAAGUUGGUUCAGCUCAAAGAUUACCCGCAUGAGAAAUUGUAGUUUCCUAUGAAAUUCAAAGACAUCUUCAAAUCUAUGAAUCAAAUUCAGAGAUGGCUCUUUGCCGGAGCUUGGUGCUUUUUUCCCAGCUCUGACAUUGUUGUCUAAAUCACCAAUAUACCAAAAUCUAUGGAAGACAAUUAAAACUUGAUGAAUUUGCAUUGAACAGAAAAUUCAGGUCUUAUCAGUUGAUCCUUGAUCAAGAAUUAUUCGCUCUCAUGAAGUGCGAGUAGGUUCAGAACACUGCGGUAUUCCAUCCGCAGCAACCUCUUUCUUUAUUCACCGAGUGUUCUAUUGAAUUCAUAACAAGUCCCGCGUUUCUGAAUGGGAUGAAAAGGGAAAGAUUGACGUCAGCUGUCUUUCAUGUGCGUACAGAUUUUCGUCAUGCUUCAUUUUCUGUAGUCGUCAGCAUUGUAUCAUAUUUUGAGGUGGUUAUUGUAUUUCCCAUGAUGUUAAAUUGUCUAUUUUAUUCUAUUGUUCUUAGUGUAUAUUUUCCUCCCCUUGAUUAUUUUCAAUGUACAUUUGUGUAUUUUUCCUGUUGAAAGGUAGUCGAUGUAAAUUACUAAACUCAGCAUUUUUUUUAGGGUAAUGACUUUGCAGAGUUACAAAGUAAAAUGAAGACUUUUAUUUCAAAA